ACCAUCACAAUCACCAUCUAGAAGCACACCAUCUACUCCCAACAUCGUUUAUAUCGACUGCACACACUCACAGCAUCUAUACAAAUACAAAUACUCCAUUCACACUUUCACACCCACCACCAUUUUCCCCCAAACCCACCACCAUGCAAGCUCAAGCUCUCCUCCAAUCACCCCACCUCCGGGUCUCCCCACUCGACCCGCUCCGAACCCGCCCCAAACCCACCAACUUCAAACCCCGAACCACCGUCAUUGCAUCCGCCACCGCCCCUAAACGCGAAAAAGACCCCAAAAAACGGGUCGUCAUUACGGGUAUGGGUCUGGUAUCCGUAUUCGGAAACGAUGUGGAUACUUACUAUGAGAAAUUGUUAGCAGGGGAGAGUGGAAUCGGGUUGAUUGAUCGGUUUGAUGCGUCCAAGUUCCCGACCCGAUUCGGUGGGCAGAUUCGUGGGUUUAAGUCUGAUGGGUAUAUUGAUGGGAAGAAUGAUAGGAGGCUUGAUGAUUGUUUGAGGUAUUGCAUUGUUGCUGGUAAAAAGGCGCUUGAAGAUGCUGAUCUUGGUGGUGAUAAAUUAUCUAAGAUCGAUAAGGAGCGUGCCGGUGUGCUUGUUGGGACAGGAAUGGGAGGUCUUACUGUGUUUUCCGACGGAGUUCAGAAUCUAAUCGAAAAGGGUUACAGAAAAAUCACACCUUUUUUCAUUCCUUACGCUAUAACAAACAUGGGUUCGGCUCUGCUCGCUAUUGAUGUUGGAUUCAUGGGUCCAAAUUACUCGAUUUCAACCGCAUGUGCUACUUCAAAUUAUUGCUUUUAUGCUGCUGCAAAUCAUAUUCGAAGAGGGGAAGCUGACAUGAUGAUUGCUGGUGGCACUGAAGCUGCGAUUAUUCCUAUUGGUUUGGGUGGUUUUGUGGCGUGCAGGGCCCUUUCUCAGAGAAAUGAUGACCCGCAAACGGCUUCUAGACCAUGGGAUAAAGACAGAGAUGGUUUUGUCAUGGGUGAAGGUGCUGGUGUGUUGGUGAUGGAGAGCUUAGAACAUGCAAUGAAAAGGGGUGCACCAAUAAUUGCCGAAUACUUGGGCGGGGCGGUUAAUUGUGACGCUUAUCAUAUGACUGAUCCACGAUCCGACGGUCUUGGUGUUUCUUCUUGCAUUCAAAGCAGCCUUGAAGAUGCUGGUGUGUCACCAGAGGAGGUUAACUACAUAAAUGCACACGCGACGUCAACAUUGGUUGGUGAUCUGGCGGAGGUAAAUGCUGUAAAGAAGGUGUUCAAAAGCACUGACGGGAUCAAAAUGAAUUCAACCAAGUCUAUGAUUGGACACUGCCUAGGUGCAGCCGGAGGUCUAGAAGCCAUUGCUACAGUCAAAGCCAUUCAAACAGGAUGGUUGCAUCCCACCAUAAAUCAAUUUAACCCAGAGCCUGCAGUUGAAUUUGACACUGUUGCCAAUCAAAAGCAACAACACGAAGUCAACGUUGCCAUUUCAAAUUCAUUUGGUUUUGGUGGACACAACUCCGUUGUAGCGUUCUCUGCAUUCAAACCUUGAUAUGAUCUCUUCCAAGUCAUUUUUGAGGCUUCAUCAGUUGUUCUUGUUCUUUAUUGUAUGUCAUUAUAAGCGCGUUUUGAUUUUGUAAUCGUUGUUUUGUAUGUGAUUCUGGUUUAAAAGACAUCUACGACAUUUGCAUACCGAUUUAGGCAUUGAAUUUUGAGUUGGGACAAGUUUGGGGAUUAGCAUUGGGUUACAGACAGUUUGUAGCUUUUGUUUUGUGUAUUAUUCGGUAUGUCAAAUUUGUUCAUCCUCUCUUUUGGCUACGUUUUAAGAGAUUGUGUUUUAUCA